AUGGUUGGAAGAAACAAGACAACUGUUGAAGAGUUCAUUCUCUUGGGCAUCACAGAUAUUUGGGAGCUGCAGGUCACCCUGUUUGUGCUGUUCCUUCUCAUCUGUGUCACCUCCUUGGUGGGGAAUCUGGGCAUGAUUGCAUUAAUCAGCCUUGACACUCAACUCCACACCCCCAUGUACUUCUUCCUCUGCCACCUCUCUCUGGUAGACCUAGGUAAUUCCUCAGCAGUUGCUCCCAAAAUGCUGGUGAGCUUCUUUGAAGAAAGGAAAGCCAUCUCUGUGCCAGGGUGUGCAGCCCAGAUGUACUUUUGUGGAGUCUGCAUGAUUGCUGACUGUUACCUGCUGGCUGCCAUGGCCUAUGACCGGUACGUGGCCGUCUGUAACCCUCUGCUCUACGCAGCCACCAUGACUCAAAAGGUUUGUGUCCAGCUGGCUGUGGGAUCCUACCUAAUAGCUGCUGUGAAUGAAAUAGUGCUUGUCAGCUCAGUGUUCAGCUUACACUUCUGUGGCCCCAAUGUCAUCAACCACUUCUUCUGUGACAUCCCCCCGCUCCUGAAAGCUGCCUGUUCCAGCACCGCUGUCAGUGAAAGCCUCCUUUUUACCAUUGCUGCCUUUGUUGCACUCAGCACUUUAGCAUUCAUUGUUGUCUCUUAUGCUUGUAUCCUUGCCACUGUCCUGAGGAUCAGCUCCUCAGAGGGCAGGCACAAAGCUUUCUCCACCUGUGCCUCACACUUGACAUCAGUCUCCUUCUUUUACGGGACAAUGAUCUUCACGUACCUCCGCCCCAGCUCCAGCUACUCCCUGGAGCAGGACAAAGUGGUGUCUGUUGUCUACACCCUGGUGAUUCCCAUGCUGAACCCCGUGAUCUACAGCCUGAGGAACGUGGAGGUGAAGGAUGCUCUCAAGAGGUGCCUAGGAAAAGGGUUCCUUUAG